ACCAAAAUACUACUUUGUAAGAGAAACGUCUUCUUGAUAUAAGAUAUAUAUACUGACACACUAAUUUUGAUUGUAUUCUAUCGUCUUCUGUUCUUCACCUAGUAAUUUGAGUUACAACAACAUUUUCUUUAUUUUUCUCUUCCAUUGAAGAAUCGUCAAAGCCAUGGUUAGGAAACCGUCGUCGAAGAUUUAUUCGGUGGCAGCAGCUGCGUUGGUGAUCGUUAUAUAUGUUGUUUUCUGCUCCGUGUUUGAUCGUCAAUUGUUACAAUCGUCAAGUUUAUAUCAAGUUGUAGGUACGUUACAACAACCAUGGGAAUCUAGAAGAAUCAAGCAAGCCCCACAACAACCGCAAGAGACUACUUCGGCAACAAUCACAUGUGACCGAUCCCACACUAAUUACGAUCUCUGCUCAAUCAACGGCUCAUGUAAUCUGGACCUUAAAACCGGAACUUUGACUCUAAUGGACCCAACAUCAGCACCACUUGUCGAAAAGAUCAGGCCAUACCCAAAAAAGGCUGACAACUGGAUCAUGCCUAGGAUCAGAGAGCUAACACUAACCUCAGGCCCAUUGGGUCUGCCCCGAUCAUGUGACAUAACACAUGAUUUGCCGGCGAUUGUGUUCAGUGCCGGAGGUUACACCGGAAGCAUCUAUCACGAUUUAAUGGAUGGUUUUAUCCCGCUUUUCAUCACGGCCAAUUCGGUAUAUCCGGACCGUGAUUUCAUCCCGGUGGUAGUAAAUGCAAAGGAAUGGUGGAUGCCAAAAUACAUCGAUAUUCUAGGUACGUUUAGCAAACAUAAACCCAUAUUACUACUAGACAAAGAAAGUGUUGCUACUACACAUUGCUUCACUUCAGCUAUUGUGGGCCUAAUUACACAUUGGCCCAUGACAAUAGACCCAACCCAAAUACCCAACUCCAAAUCAUUAGUGGACUUCCACAAUCUUUUAGAAAAAGCUUUCACCACAAACAUAUCUACUCCUAAAACCCACAAGCCUCGUCUCAUGUUGGUUAGUCGAUAUGGUAACAUUGGUCGAGUGAUAUUAAACGAGCAAGAGAUCAAAGAGAUGCUUGAAGAUGUCGGGUUCGAGGUAAUCAUAUUUAGACCAUCGAAAACGACGAAUUUGAAAGAAGCAUAUAAACUUAUCAAGUCUAGCCACGGAAUGGUCGGUGUACAUGGUGCGGCAUUAACACACUUGUUGUUUCUUCGACCCGGUUCAAUAUUUGUUCAAGUUGUUCCGCUUGGGCUAGGUUGGGCGUCUAAACCGUGUUACGAAUCGCCAGCUAAGACAAUGAAGUUGGAGUAUCUGGAGUAUAAGGUGAAUGUGGAAGAGAGCAGUUUGAUAGAGAAGUAUAACAGAGAUGAUUUGGUUUUGAAAGAUCCUAUUGCUUAUAGAGGAAUGGAUUGGAAUGCGACUAAAAUGAAAGUAUAUUUAAAAGAACAAGAUGUGAGUUUAGAUGUGAAUCGGUUUAGAAAACAUAUGAAUGAAGCAUAUAAGAAAGCUAAAAUAUUUAUGGACAUAAACGGUUGAUUGAUUAUGUAUUAUUGUAAUGAUUUGUGACUUUUGAGCUGUAGAAUAAGAUGUUUUUUUUUUUUUUUUUU